AUGGACGAUGAGCGAUCAAAUGAUAACGACAAAAUUAGAUUAGACUUGAUGGACAUUUGUAGGCGGCCAGAUCUGAAUUUAAAAGAACUUGAUAACAAGCUGUAUGCAAACGUGUCACAGGAUGCCGACGCACUUUCACUAGAGGACGAUGAUCUUCAAGAAGAAGAUGGCAACGAAGAAGAGGAAGACAAGUUCACUGAUAAUCAGGAAACUAUCUCGAAAGAGGAGAAUGGAAAUAGUGAUGAGGGCGACAGUGUAGGAGGCGGUGGUGGCGGCGAGAUCACAGUAGUAAUAGAUGCCGACGCACUUUUACCAGAGGACGAUGAUCUUCAAGAAGGAGACGGCGACGAAGAAGAGGAAGACAAGUUCACUGAUAAUCAGGAAACUAUCUCGGAAGAGGAGAAUGGUGAACCAGAGAAAAAAGAUGAUGAAUCUAAGUAG